AUGACCAAAAGAUUGGGAACUGUUUUGCCUAGCAUUGUCAGUCUCAAUCAGUCAGCAUUUAUUCCUGGGCAAGUGAUACAUAACCAUAUAAUGAUGGCCUAUGAACUGCUGAAAGGAUAUACUAGGAAAGGUGGGCCACUAAAAUGUAUGCUACAGCUGGGCUUACCAAAAGCAUAUAACAUGGUGGAUUGGAAUGCUUUAGAAACAGUGUUGCAUGAAGUAGGAAUGCCUCACAUGUUCACCCAUUGGAUCAAUAUUGUUGUUACAAAUGUUUCCUAUGAGUUUAAUAUCAAUGGGCACACCACUGAUAUUAUGCAGGCUAGGAGAGGGCUGAGGCAAAGGGAUCCUAUCUCCCCCUUGAUGUUUGUGAUCAUGAUGGAUUAUCUUGAUAGACUGUUGAGGAAGAUGCAAACAUAUCCUGGCUUUAAUUUCCACUCAAAGUGUGAGAAAGUUGGUCUAACCAUCCUCACCUUUGCUGAUGAUAUUCUCUUAUUUUGCAGGGGAGAUGUCACUUCAGUGCAGAGGUUACUUAAGACUGUUCAGCCAUUCUCUGAGCCCACAGGGCUGGUGGUUAACCCAAAGAAGUGCAAGGUUUUUUGUGGUGGGAUGGACAGAGUGGACAAAGAGCAGAUGAUUGGGACUACAGGUUUCACUAAAGGGCAGCUGCCUAUGAGGUAUCUUGGAGUUCCUAUCACUAGUAAGAGGUUAAGUAUCAAUCACUAUAUGCCCCUGAUAGAUAAAAUUAUGUAUAGGAUAGCUCAUUUGACAUCUAGACUCCUUAGCUAUUCUGGUAGAAUUUUGCUUGUUAAAAGUGUGAUUUUGGCAAUCACUCAGUAUUGGAUGCAGUGUGUUCCAAUACCACAGUUUGUCAUCAGGAUAGUCUUUGUAGGAUGUUUGUCUAGAAUGGAAGUAUUGUUGCUGGCAGGAAGAGCCCUGUGGCUUAGAGAACUGAAGAUUGAUAAUUUGUGGGUCAAGUGGAUCCAGAUGUAUUACUUGAAAGGCUGUAAUGUGAUGAAGGCUAAUAUCAGUCAAAAUAGUUCUUGGGUGGUGAAGAGGAUUAUGGAUACUAUCGAAGAUCUGCAGCAACAUCAACAACUGUGGGACAGAAUGCUGAGCCAGAAUAGAUUCAAGAUGAAUCUGAUGUAUGCAGCCAUGAAUGAGAAUGAUAACUUGGUGGAUUGGAGGAGCAUUUUCCAUAAAAACUUGGCUAGACCCAGGGCAAAUUUUAUUACUUGGAUGUUGUAUCAUGCGAAACUUGCGACUAAGGAUAGGCUCAAAAUAUUCAACAUGAUUAUGGAUAGUGUAUGCAGCAUAUGCAAGACAGCUGAUGAAAAUAUUGCCCACCUGUUUUUUGAUUGCAGGGAUAAUAAGGAGGUAUGGUGCCAAGUCUUGCAGUGGAUAGACAAGGCUCAUCACCCUCUUCCUUGGGCUGAGGAAUUGAAGUGGGUGACUACGGAAGCUAAUAAGAAAGGCUGGAAAGCUUGCCUUUUGAGAUUAGCUUUUUCUGAAAUUGUAUAUGGUAUUUGGAAAAGAAGAAAUAGUAUAGUCUUUACCAAUAGUAUAAACAUUAAUAUAGUGAAUAGCAUCAUAGAAAAUAUUGUUUAUAGAAGUUGGCAAGAUAGGAAACUUAGAAAUCAUUUUGCUCUUUUGAUGGUGUAA